AUGUCACCGGCAAACCAGAGUGGUAUUACUACCAACUGCUCUGUCAACAUUCCGAUCCCAGCAUCUGCACGCUCUAAUGGCGGUGUCUUGCAACGUCGCCUACCGCAGAUACCACCACUCAAUAUGAAUGUUUCGUUCGACCAGAAAUCACUCGAGGACGAUUUGCCGAAGCUAUCGCGUAUACCGCCCAGCGCUGAACAUCGCUACAUAAUUGCAAACAGGAGGUGA